AUGGAUCUGGAGGAAACAUUUGCCACCCUGAACAAGUAUAGUUUCAAGCUCAACCCGAAAAAGUGUGUCUUUAGAGUGAGCUACGGAAAGUUUUUGGGUUUUCUGAUCAGCGAGAGAGGAAUAGAUGCCAACCCAGAAAAGGUCGAAGCAGUCCUCAAUCUGCUCGAGCCUAAGAGCAUCAAAGAUAUCAUGCGGUUGACAGGAAACAGAGAAUUCAAGUGGGGGACUAAGGAGAAAGAAGCCUUUGAGGGUAUUAAGGAGCAUCUGACUAAGCUCCCAACAAUGAUCAGCCUGGAGCUGACGGAAAAGCUGCAGUUGUACAUCUUAGCGCCAAUACAGACAAUCGCAGCCGCCCUAUUGGUAGAAAGACAGAAGCAACAAAGGCCGAUAUAUUUCGUGAGCCACGUGCUGACCGAGGCAGAGCAAAGAUACCCCCUGGUAGAGAAGCUAGCCUUCGCAGUGGUCACAGCAGCAAGAAAGCUAAAACCAUACUUUGACGCGCAUAUAAUAGAGGUUCUCACAAACCACCCGCUGGAGAAAGCGUUACAAAAGAUGGAUGCAUCGGGUAGACUCUUAAAGUGGGAAAUCGAUCUUUCUGAGUAUGAAUUCGAAGUCAAGCCUAGAGCAGCCAUCAAGGCACAAGCUUUAGCAGACUUCACAGUGGAAGCCUCCUACGAGGAGAAAGAGGAUGACGUUGGGGUCUGGAAGGUGGAAGUGGAUGGAUCCUCAGCCCAAACGGGGAGUGGGGCAGGAGUCAUAAUGACGUCUCCAAAAGGAAACGUAUUUGAGUAUACAAUCAAGUUCAAGUUCAAAGCGUCUAAUAAUGAAGCAGAGUACGAGGCGACGCUGGCAGACCUGCGUAUGAGCCUCGCAGCCGGAGCCCGCAAAGUACACCUGCAGACUACAUGGGCGUAUGAGAUAAGGGAAGCCACUAUGAUGAAAUACGUAACCAAAGUGAAAGAGCUGGCAGCCCAGCUAGUCCAUUUCCAAAUAGACUUGGUCCCUAGAGCAGGAAACUCUCAGGCUGAUGCCUUAUCUAAGUUAGCCAGCUCCACCUUAGAAAGUCUCAUAAGAAUAAUGAUGGUCGAAGUGUUAGAGGAGAGCAGCAUCGCUGAAAAGGAGCAGGUAAACUGCGUCAGGAGUCAAAGAGCCUGGUUCUCAGACAUCUUGGCAUACAAACUUCAAGGCUCGCUGCCCGAUGAUGAAGCACAGACUAAAAAGGUGAAGAAAGACGCAAAUUGGUAUGUAGUGAUGAAUGGAGAGCUAAACAAGAAAGGCUUCUCAAAGCCGCUGCUGAGGUGUAUUCUAGAAUGGGAGCAGGAGGGCAUUAUGGAAGAAGCCCAUUUCGGAAUAUGUGCCAACCAUAUCGGCGGGAAAGCAUUGGGAGUAUAG